UCCAUCUCUGGUAUCUCCAAUUGAUUAAAGAUUCUUCUGUUUGCUAGUGCAAGCGCUAGUAUGGGAAGCACAGGGGCAGCUAGAGCGAUGCCGGUGCAGGAGCUUGCUGGAGCCCUUGGCACACCCGACAUGCCAGCACCAUACGUCGUGCGCACGCACAAGGACCAACAGCUCGCCGCCACGGUUGUAGCGCCGGUCCCUGUCAUCGACCACAGCCGCCUUCUACAGAAGGACGACAGCGCCGACGAAGCUGGGAAACUCCGGUCAGCGAUCGAGUCCUGGGGCCUCUUCAUGGUCAGUAACCACGGCGUAGACGCCGCCGUGAUAGAGAGCAUGAGAGCUGCGUCGAGGGAGUUUUUCCGGCAGCCGCUCGAAGAGAAGCAAAGAUACAGUAACCUGGACUGCUGUGACGAGCAGUUCCAGUCCGAGGGGUACGGGAACGACCGGGUGAGCUCGCCAGACCAGACCCGGGACUGGACCGACCGCCUCUACCUCAAGGUGGAGCCCGAGGACGAGAGGCGCAUCGCCCUCUGGCCAGCGCAUCCCGAAAACUUGAGGGAUGCUCUGGACGAGUUCACCAAGAAAUGUGGGAAAUUGAAGGACGAACUGCUCCGGGCAAUGGCGAAGUUAUUGGAGCUUGACGAUGAGGACUACUUCCUGGACCAGCUUGGGGAGAAGGCUCUUUCUAACGUUCGAUGCAGCUACUACCCAGAGUGUCCAAGGCCAGAGCUCGUGUUCGGCCUCAAGCCCCACUCCGAUGGAACCGUUGUUACUGUCCUUAUGGUCGACGACAGCGUCGGUGGCCUGCAAGUUCUGAAAGAUGGAGUUUGGUGGGACGUACCAAUCAUACCUCAGACACUGCUGAUCCUUAUAGGAGAUCAAAUAGAGAUAAUGAGCAAUGGGAUAUUUAAGAGCCCUGUGCAUAGGGUCAUCACAAAUGCAAAGAAAGAGAGGCUAUCAGUGGCUCUAGACUACUCUGUUGAUCCCGAGAGAGAAAUCGAGCCAUCACCUCAAUUGGUCAAUGAGAAGAGACCAGCGUUGUACAGAAAAGUGAGGGUCAAGGACUACAUUGCCACUUAUUACAAUCAUUUUUUUCAAGGGGAAAUGGUGAUUGAUACGAUUAAGAUAUAA